AUGGAAGACACGAACUUGAUUGCUUGCUUGUAUCCCGCAGAAGGCGACCGACUGACAUGGGACGCGAUCCGCAUGCGCGAGAACAGUGGGCGAUAUAUUGCACGCGCACCGCCUGAAAACACCACACCAGAUUAUGGCAGCCGCGAGUCAACAGCCCCGCUGGAGGACGACGACAAGAACACCGACCACCGUGACUUAGACACUCCACCAGGACUCCAACUUACUUUUAACCCAGGGCCGAAAGCUGGCCAAGGGUUUACGAUUGGGACUGAUAAAAACCGUUGCGAUAUCGUUCUGCCGAAACUAUUAGAAAAUAAGAUCGGCCGGCGUCAUUGUGUCCUAACAUUCGAUGCAAAGCGACGAUUGAUAUUGCGAGAUCUCUCAACACACGGAACCACCGUCACAUACGAUGACAAAGGACGAGAGAAGCGACACCAUUUUACCUGGAUCCUAAGCGGUGAGGAGGAACCGGAGCAUGUCGAAAAAAUCGUCAUACAAAUCCAGGAGAUCAAGUUUCAAAUCAUCGUCGCCAAACAUGAGACAUAUCAAGAGAGCUUAAUUAUUCUUUGUCAAAGCCUUGAUGCCUUAACCUCCGUUCAUGAAGACGGUACCAUCCACCAAAAUAUCAAGCCGGAAAAUAUCCUUGUUCAAUCUCGAAGCCCGCUUCACAUAAAACUUGCAGACUUUAGUCUUGCGAAAGCGACCGCUAGUCUACAAACGUUCUGCGGGACACAUCUCUACGCUGCACCUAAAAUCUACACAACUCCUCGUGGUACAUACUACACAAAGGCUUGUGACAUCUGGUCGCUCGGCGUCGUUAUCUUCAAGUACGCCUACGGCCCCCUUCCAGAAUGGGACAACAAAGAUGUGGGACUGCGUUGGUGUAAAAAAAUCAUCAACCUAGUCAAUGACUGGGAUUCUGACCCCUUGGUUGAUUUCCUAUCGACCGCGAUAGUAGUCAUGAAACCAGACGGGCGACUUCUAGCUAAAAAGUGUUGGAAGCAAGCAUUGCAGCUCUCUGCUCCGUUCCAAAACCGCUGCCCAACCCCAACGCAAGCAUCUUACUCCGCGAGCGAUUGUUUAACGGAAGUACCUGACCUCCACCAGGCGACGCCUAGUGCAACACCCACAGAGGUGGCUACUUUUAUUAGAAUGGAAGCCUUCCAAAAUCACAAACCUCAGGAGAGCAAUGUAGCGUCAUCGCAGGCGACAGUAGACCACUACUUGAUUAAUUACAGUACCGAAGAGCAAGAGCUCGAAGAUCAACAAAGCUUAAGAAAUUUAUCAAACGAGGGGGGAGCUCGGGCACGAAAAAUAAAGAGAAAAAAGGGGUCCACAACGGAUUCGGCUCCAGCACCGCGAGAAAGACGGCCAAAAAGUCCCACACACAGCACACGACAUUCUUCAACGGUCCGACGAUCAAAGCGAAUACGACGGAAGGAACACGACCAGCAUCUGCAACAUCCUAGUGUUGACGCUACGGACCUCUUCGGAUCAAAUUGGUUGCGGGAUCCAAAUUGCGUCGGGUCUUCUGUGGCUGUCCUGGCUGAGGACGUAGAUGAAGGGAGGAUAAAUCUGGAGCCUGAAAUAGGCAAUGCGAGUUCUGAGUGGAUCUUGCCGCCAUACAAAGCCAGCGGACAAGCAGAGGAUUCCGAUUCCGUGCCAGAACCCACGACAAUCAACCAUCUUUCAACGAAGGAUGUUGCACCGAUCAUAGAACAGGCACCACCAGUUCUGCCACGCGCUUUCUCCGUGAUGAAGUGGAAUGGCUGCCGGGUUGUACAACGGGGGAGUGACGUUAACAUUAUGCAAGCAGCUAUUUGCAAGGGCCUUCACAAGUGGAUGGCAAAGAGAUCGUGGCUGCUUCAUUGUACAGGAAGUGAAUGGAGUACUCAUGGAAAUUCUUUGGUUGAAGAGGUUGACGGAGCGAACAUGUCACAGGGUCAGCGACAAUUGCUUUGCCUUGCCCGCGCUAUGCUUAGGGGCAGCAAAAUAAUCAUUUUGGACGAAGCAACCGCAUUAAUUGAUUACAGGACGGAUCUAAAGAUCCAAAAGGCGCUUGACGCGAUAGUAGCAACCGACAUUACCAUCGCCCAUAGGCUACAGACCAUCAUUAACUUUGAAAAAGUUCUGGUCCUCGAUCACGGCGAGAUCAAGGAACUUGGGCAUCCUUUCCAGCUGCUCCAAGAUAAGAAAGGCCUUUUCCGAGCGAUGUAUGAAACGAACGGUAACGUAGACGAUCUCGAAAGUCUUGCAGAAGAGUCGUGGGAGAAGAAGACAGGCGGGGCCUGCGUCUCAAUGGGCUCAAUACUAUGA